CGGUCAUCCCCUUCCUGUUGUUUUGCUCUCGGCAGUACUAACACAGUACAGUAUGGUUUAGAAACUCUGUUUUACUAUCAUAGGUAGAACAUAUCUUUGUUACUAUCCUCCGACACCCAUUAUAGUUCGCACAAAAGUUGGUGCGCCAGUAGCCAGGCAAUAGUUGUUGUACCCGUUCAAGUAAGUCAACAGUCAGAGACCGCAUACUUACUGUAUGUAGCCUGAUCUUUGCAGACGCUGCGUGUACAAUUGCUACAACUACCUCAUUUUACAGGCAACCUGCACUGUAUCUGCGAGCUGUUGGCUAGAGUAUACAUGCGAAGACGAGAACCAAUUGAAACUGAAAGUCAGCAUCCUUUCAAUUGCAUAAGCGAUCAUAACACCCGUCAUGGAGCUGUCUCACACCAUGGAAACAGAGGAGCUGAUGACCUGCCUCCAGAUCCAGCUCUACCACCCCCAGCAGGCCUCUAAGGCUCUUUACCGCCUGCUGCCCCUGGACGCCAGGCACAAGCACCCAGCCGAGGACCCUCUGAGGCUGGGCCGGGACGCCCACGGCUGCACCUUUGCCCUGGCCGACCCACGGGUCUCCCGCAAGCAGCUGGCCUUGCAGGCCUACCUCACCGCCAACAGCCCCGCCAUGCUGUUCUCUGUGCAGAACCUGAGCCAGAAGGGACACGUGACGGUCAACGGGUCGGAGUUGGGGUACCUGGAGAGGGCAGAGCUGCCGAAUAAGGCCCUGGUCCGGUUCGGGGAGUAUGAGGUGCUGAUAUGUCGUGAGAAUGGAGAGGCAAAGGGGAGCUUCGAGGUGGAGUUUGGGGUGCUGGCAGUGCCCCCUUCCAGAGAGGUGGGCAUGCCAAGUAUGGUUCCCGUCAUGGAUACAGGCUCAGACCAUUCAACCAAUGGCAUCCCACCACUCAUGAGCCAUGGGCCGAUAGAGAUGGAUGAGACAAUCAUGUACCAAUCGUGCAGUAUGUUUCUCUCAUAGACAAUGAUUUUCUCUUUACCUAGUAGCAGUUGUCUUUAUCUGAGGACAGCGCCCCGCAUACAAACACAUGAAAAUCAUUUUCAACCAGGCAGGUGGCGACACAAAAGUCAGAAAUAGCGAUAUAAUUCAUGCCUUAGCUUUGAAGAUCUUCUUCUGUUGGCACUCGAAAAUGUCCCAGAAACAUCACAAAUUGUUGUUUUUGUUCGAUAAAUUCCGGUUCCAACUCGCCCAACAUGACUACAAAGUAUCUAAUAAGUUACCUGUAAACUUGGUCCAAACAUUUCAAACAACGUUCCUAAUCCAACCUCUGGUAUCCUAAAACGUAAAUAAUCGAUAAAAUUAAAGACGGGAUAAACUGUUUCCAAUAACGGAUAAAAACAAUGUGAAGUGCGUUCCAGUUCACGCGCACCAAACAAUAGAGUCCACUUGGAGUGACCCUUACAAUGAACAGCCCUACUUCUUCAUUUCUCAAAAGAAAAACAACAACCAAUUUCUAAAGACUGUUGACAUCUAGUGGAAGCCAUAUGAACUGCAACCAGGUUCAAAAUUAAAUAAUAGAAAACCAUUGGGAAAUACUAUGACCUCAAUUCCCCCCCCCCACCCCUGGAUGGUUUGUCCUCGGGGUUUCACCUGCCAAAUCAGUUCUGUUAUACUCACAGACAUUAUUUUAACCGUUUUAGAAACUUUAGAGUGUUUUCUAUCCAAAUAUAUUAUAUGCAUAUCCUAGCUUUUCAUCCAGAUGUGAAAAUACUGCCCCCUAUCCCACAAUAUUGAUGUUAAACAUUGUGUAAUCUCUCGUGGACAGGAAGUGACAAACUUUCACAAUAAUUUUACUUCUGGGUAACCGAGAUUAAACAUUCUGUAAACUUAAUCAUACUGUUGACUGUAUGUAGCGCCAAGCCAUUGGGACCUCAAGUGUAGUUUUUCAUAUCACUCCGCAAGUGUUACUAAGACUGUUACGUUAUUAUAUAAAAUGUGAAACUAAAGCUUCUGAAUAUUGCCCUUUUUCAUGUAGUUCAAGUAUCAGUGUUCAAUGAAAGAUGGGGUAGGAUCAUAUGGUUUUGUAACUGUUUUGUAAAUGUUGACUAUAAUAAUAAAUAUGUUUUUAUUUGA